AUGGUCAAGACUUCCGUCCUCAACGAUGCGCUCAACGCCAUCAACAACGCUGAGAAGGCUGGCAAGCGCCAGGUCCUGAUCCGUCCUUCCUCCAAGGUCAUCGUCAAGUUCCUCACUGUCAUGCAGCGUCACGGUUACAUUGGCGAGUUCGAGGAGGUCGACGACCACCGCAACGGCAAGAUCGUCAUCCAGCUCAACGGCCGCAUCAACAAGACCGGUGUCAUCUCCCCCCGCUACAACGUCCAGCUCCGCGACAUGGAGAAGUGGGUCGUCAAGCUACUUCCCUCGCGUCAAUUCGGUUACAUCGUCCUGACCACCUCCGCUGGUAUCAUGGACCACGAGGAGGCCCGCAGGAAGCACGUUGCUGGCAAGAUUCUCGGUUUCUUCUACUAG